AAUUUUCAUCUGUUUUUAUAAAUAUUCUGCAUUAUUUUCAUAUAAUUAGAUCAUAAUAAUAAAAAAAAUAUCAUCCAUGAUAAGAAAUUUCUUAUCUCAUAGGAUAUUUAGUGAAUAUAUGUAAAGUUUUAUUGCGUUAAGUUUAAUUCUUACUAAAAAAAAACUUGUGCUAACUUUGUUAACUUAGCAGCAUGCGCGAGUGUUUGAAGUAAAGAACAUGGCGCCCAAACAUGACUGGUCAUGACGGAGAAUGAAAUCGAGAGUUUGGAGCGAAUAACGUCAAUGAAUCGAUACAAUCGAAUCGCACGAGCUCAUUCGAGUUCGAGACUUAUCGACUUUUGUGACGCACAUAAAUUCGCUUUGGAGCAGCAGGAUCGUCGCAUACAUUUUCAAACCAUUCAUAAAUAUCGUCUCAAAGUAUGUAAGAAAUUAUCGUUAAAUUACAAAAAUGUAAAUGCAACAAUUCGCAAUGACAAAUGAAAUUAUUUCGAUAUUAUUUCGUAUCGAUUUGUCAACGCAUAAAAUUUAAUUGAACAACAAAGAAGAGGAAUCAAUAAAAAAAAAAAAAACAAGAAGAAGAAGAAGAAAAGAACAAGAUUUUCAAAAUAUUUAAGCAAAAUGUAUUAUUGGUUGAUACGAGGUAACGAGAAUCAUUUGGUACAAGGUGCAGUAAAGAAUGAUGACGUCCCUGAAACCAGACGACAUUUUCGGAGGCCAAACGGCGUCUGAUCGGUUGUGUUUCUCCGCGCAAAUUGUAAUCGCGGUUUUUAUUGCAUCUUAAAAAAAAAGAAAAUUGUUGACUGUUGUGAGAGACACAUAUUCUUUGCCAUUAAAUGAUCUUUCUCUUUUCUUAGUGCAAUCGACAUUUUCCUGUCGUUCGUCAAAGAAGAGUGGAGAAAGACAGGGAGAGAGAGAGAGAAAAAGAAAAAAAAGGAGGGAGAAAGAAAGAGAGAGAGAGAGAGAGAGAGAUAAGAAAGAAACAAUUGAAAACUGCAAAAGACAAAUGACGCUUUGCCGCCUAGUUUGACCGAAUCUUUGACGUGACAUGUACGAUUUUAAUAUUUUGACUUAAAUGCGCGAGUGAAAUUUAAUGCGUGUGAUUUGUUAGACAUGCGAUCAAUGAUCAUAUAGAUCAUUAAGCAAGAUUUAUCAGUGAUUCAUAUACAUGAUCGAGCUGUAAAAACGAAGAGACAACGAGGUAACGUCUAUAUCCUUACCUCUUCAUAAUUUCCCCCUCAUACAUUGUCACUCUUUCUCUCUCUCUCUCUCUCUUUCUCUCUCUUUCUCUCUCUGAUCUUUUUCUUUCCCCUUUCUUUCCUUCUUUCUCUUUCGCGUACUCUCGCUCUCGCUCUUGCUCUCUAUCUGUAUAGGCAGGAUAUUCUACUACGAUCGUGUCGAGAAGAGUGUGGUGUACGAAGGUAUAACGGACAAUUGACACAGGUGAACAUUGGCACGAUCGAUAAGUUGCCGUGAAUGAUUUGAAAGUGUCAGUGAGCUUUGAUCAGAGUUGUCUUCUUCCUACAUGAAAUCUUCCUUGUGUGUCAUAUAAGGUAUCGAGCUAGAAAUAAGGAAAAAGAAAAAGACGAAAGAUGAUGAUGAUGAUGAUGAUGAUGAUGAGGAGGAGGAGGAGGAGUAGUAGUAGUAGUAGUAGUAGUAGUAGUGCGUGGUACGACACUGGUGCAUGUAAAGAAGAGAGAGAAAAAGGUAUCUAAAGCGAAAGAUAGAAGGAGUAAGGGAGAAAGCAGUGGCUGGUUCGAGGCCGAGAGACCGAACGAAACGGAGGAGUGAUGCCGUCAACGGGUCACGCACGAGAACGGAUCCGCUCUCCCGUCCUCGUACUCCGUCCACGCAUGCUAUGUACUCGUUUUCACGAGUAGAAACCUUUUCGAGGAGAGGACUUGGACACUGUGCGUCUGCAUUCGAAUAAGUCGUGACCGGUUGACGCGUACGUGCCGCUCUCUUCGUACCGCUCUCCGUACGACGGCCAUCUUGGAUUUACUAAGUGUCGCAUCGAACACCCGCGAAUAUCAAUUUUGUCGUCAUCGUAGUCGUCGUCUCUUUUUCCAAGUGAAUGGAGGAAGGAGGUCGAGCGGUGUGAAAAAAAAAAAAAAGAAAGGUGUUGGAAGGAACGCAAAGGAGAAGAAAACUCGAAAAUAAUACUUUCUGGAUAUAGACAGACGUACACAGUUUCGUUACGUUAAAAUGCGAAAUUAAUUUCAUUUGUCAAAGGAAAACGGACAGAGCUCAUAGGUUAAAACCAGGUAAAUGAUGAAAAUAGACUGAACAUUAUUUGAUUUAGUCGAAAGUGAGAUAAAAAUUAAGUUAGAUGUAGAAAACAAAGUGUUUCAAUUAACCUCGAAGAUAUGUCCUUAAUAUAAACUACGAAAAUGAGUGAAGUGUUGAAAGGAAGGAUCAAGUGCAAGGGAAAGUAUAAAAGUUGAAAGCACGUUUGACGUUGGAAUGGAUGGUACCGUUUUUGUCGUUCCCGGUGCGCGUGCAGUACGCGCCUGAAAAGAAAAGAAAAAAAAAACAUUUCAAGCUCUCCUUAUUCUUCUUGCACUUUCGGUACGUCCAAUUGUGUCGUCGUCGUUGUCAUUGACGAAUCAGGGAACGGACUGUUCUGCAAGCACACGCGUUCGUAAGUCGAUGAUAAAAGAACAGCUACUACUACGACGUGUCGACGACGUUCAACGAAUAAAACGUUAGUCAAUCUUACAACGUGAAAAUAUUCGUGCUCGUUUCGCUGUCAUAUUGUCACAUUUUCAAAAUAUAUAUAUAUAUAUACAUAUAUAUCACAAUAAAGUUACCUAUAGAUGAGGAAUCGCAUGAAACUAUUAUCACGUCUUGCGAAGAAUGACAAGGAGACUAUGAGCACGGCGGACACGGUCCUGUCAAUCAACGUCAAGAUGUCCCCAGGGCCGGACCAUCGUCAGGAACCGGUUGCACCUGACAAAAGCAACACUGAUAACAGUCGAACAGAAAUCGGCAAUGAUUCGGCUUCCGAAAGUACUAUACUCGGUACGCCAGAGGCCUUGGUAGUUCAGAAUAAUAAUCUUGAAGCAACUAGCAACCCGCGUAUCGAUACAAUUUCUGAGCCUACAAACGGUCAAGGUACAACACCUAACAGCGGCUCUGACAAUAAAAAGGGAAAAUCAACGGUCCUUGCCUUAGAUGAUGAUGGAUUACGUUCACUACUGAACGAAGCUUUAAAUUAUAAAAGACCUAAAGAUCGAGAAGGAAAAUCUAAUUUAUUUAAGGAACUCUUACAAGAAGCUGAAGCUGAUGAGACCGAAGAAGGUCGUAGGGUAGUGACUAAUUCACGGUGUCUCCCUGUUUCCACUCGUAGAAGGCAUAAACGAGAUUCUGUAUCAGAACGUCACAGACACGGUGGUUCUUUACAGAAUUUAGCACAACCUAUUGCAUCAGAGUUUGAUAGUAGUUUUGCUUAUCUAGCAUCUGGUUCUAGUCACACUUACGGAAGUGGUAAAAAAAAGAAUAAGAAAUAUACAGGUCCUAGUGUUUCUGCUAGGGAAAGAGAAGGUGGAUCUUUACCAUCUAAUGUUAACGCAUCCCACAGCCUUAUUUCUUUGGCCAACAGUCUUGUUUCUUUGGCCAAUCUUGAUCCCCUAUUUGACAACAAGAAGGGCUUUUAUGAAGAAAGAACAACAUAUGAUUGGACUAAUAAGGAGAAGUCAAAAUCUUUAGAUAAAUCGUCGAGUGUUGUUUCAUCAAAAAAAGAAGACAAAGAGAAAGACAAAAAAGAUAAUAAAAAGGAAUUUCUCACUAUAGAGGACUUUUUCGAAACUGAAAGUGAAUAUCGCGAGAGGAUAAGCAAGAAAGGAAAAUACGGGACAAAUGAGAUGCUUGAAUCACCACCAGAGUAUAAAUCUGAUUACACCGUUAUUGAUUUAAGUUAUGUCGAGGUAGGUGCUCUUAGCGAAAGGAAUGUUGGAUCUACAACAAGUGGGGUACAACAAAGACCUCACUCAUUAGACGCUGAAGAUGAGGGAAUUGAAAUGAAAAUAAUUGAACCACGUAGACAAUUUAUAGCACGUGCUACUGUUGAUAUAGCUCAAACUCCUGUAGAUACUACGAUAAAAUUUCCAAUUUGUGAUCAUAACGGUAAACAGGAUAAAUCAAAGAUAUCAGUUAGUGCUGAGGUGACGGGAACUUUUCCAUUUCAAACCUACAAUAGUGCGAAAUGUGUUAUUGGUGGUUCAGGAAACAGUACUAACAAUAAUCAAGGAAAAGGAAUCUCAAGUUUAUGUUCCAUGAUGCCAGCUUCAUGGCAGAUUCAAAAUAAUGCAUUAGAACUUCCAAGAUGUACAACACAGUAUGCCAUAAUGAAAGAUGCUACUUCUUCUGCGGAAAAGAAAUCUCUUGAUGAAAAUGGUAAUGCUGUACAAAAUUAUAAUGCAGAACGAAAGAAACGUGGAAAGAAGCAUAGACAGGAACCUAAUGUUACUGUUUAUAGCGCUGAAAGCGUUGUAGGACAUCGUAAUGAGGACGAUAUUGAUAGUUUACUUAACUUCAUCGAAAGCAAAGAAUCUAAAGGUAAAAAGAACAAAACUGGUAAUCCUGUCAGAGUGAAAUCUAGUUCUGGAACUAAACCUAGGACAAGAGAAAAGGAUUCUAAAAGAGAACAAUUAUCAAGUAAAUUACAAAAAUCAAAUUCAUUAGAGGAAAUAUCAAAAACGAAACUCGAGGAUCUUACCGCAGAACAAAGCAAUUGUUCUAGUGGCAAUAGCAGUAUCUCCAGUCAGCAUAGUAGUACAAUUAAUGUAGCAUUACGUCGUGCAAAACAAAGAAGUACAGGAGAUGCAGCGGUAGAUUGCCGUGGUGACAGACGUUCUUGGGGAACAGAGGAGGGUCAGUCUAUUUAUUGCAAUGAUACUGGAGACGAUUAUACUAGUCGUCGAAACUCUAACAAAAAAGUAAAUCCAGAACCAGAACAGGAGCCUGAAUUUUUAAUAGUUACUAAAAAGAAGAAGACUAAAAAACAACGUAGAAGUUCCAGUGGUAGUAGAGCGCAAAACUUAUCAACAACUGGAUCAUAUUUACAAAAUCCAAGAGGAUUUUCGAACGAGUAUAGAGCACCGUUGUCACCAGAACUCAGAAGAAAAUCUACUAGCAGUAUGCCACCAAGCGAUAAAUCUGAUAGCAGCGACUUGGAUUCGGUCCAUUCGUUACCUGUUACAUCGAAUACCUCGAAACAUAAUCUAUCGAAAACAGCAACCUCUUCGGGAGGAACACCACAAGCAAGUUACGCAGAUAUAGCUCGCAUGGCUACUAUGAAUAUGUCACAUAAUUCAGUUUUAAAUAUGCCAAUAGUUCCAAGUAUGUUAAAUACGUCAUCUUGGCCAAGAGUUCCAUCUAAAACUCCCUCAGAACCAGACAAAUUACCUCAAGAUUAUUAUCCAAGUUUGGAUGAAUUACAACACUCCGAUAGGAAACCAAAACAACAUGGUUUUGCACAUUCUAAUCAUGUUCACAAUGUUGGUCUUACUUUUGAAAAACCACCAUCACCAACUUUGUCGAAGAUUAAGAAUUCGUCAGAUCGAAAGAAGGCUGAAGCUCAAGAAGAGGCAAUUAAUAAGAAUAUGCAAGUUUUCAAAUAUUUUCAGGAUAUAGAAAAAAUGCAACAAAGUUUGACGCAACAGGAACAAAAACAUCUGAACAUAAUUAACUGUAAUCCACAUUCGAAUGAGUCAACACCAAAUGCAAUUCAAUCUAAAUUAAAUAACACUACUACUACUACUCCUACUACUAAUUCAUUCGAUUCUGAAAAUAACAAUCCUAAUUAUUCUAAUAACAAUAAAGAUAUUGUUGCGAAUACAAAAGUAAAUAAUCCACGAAAUAGGAGAAGUUAUUCGCAAAGUAAUCAAAAUAUACAAAAUCAACAAGAAGAAUUACAUUAUAGGAAAACUGGUUAUCAAGAUGAAAAUGUCAAGAAGAUACAUAACACAGAGAGUCCUACUGUAUAUUGUGAAACCAAAGCUAAUGUUAUAGGAACGAUAAUAGAUGAUAAUGAAGCUCCAAAACUUAAAGGAUUGAAUAAUCCAAAGUUGACACACGAAGUACAGAAUGUUGAUGCAGAUUCUGUUAAAACACCGAUGAAGAUAGACAAAAUGGUAGUAAAAACUGCGAAAGAGCAGUCUGGAAAAUCUGGAGUUGUAUUAUCUCAUAAUACAAAACAAGAUAAUCAACAAGAGGAUAAUGAAAAUAAAAAAUCAAAACCAUUGAUGUCUACUGAAAAUGAUAAAUUACAGAAAUCCGUAGAAACACAAGGAUCUACAAAGAAGAACAAUACUUCAUCCAGACCUGCAGUUAUCUUAUUGGAUGAGACAUCUGACUUUCUAAAAGGCAGUGAUUUACCAACAGAGUUAACAUUUGGGUUUGAGAUUAAUGAACUUUUACUUUCUGAAGAUUCUGUAGAGACUCCACCAGCAAAUCCUACAUUUCCAUCUUUGGUCCAACCACUUCUCAAUAAACCACCUCCAAAUUUUGACAACAGGCCACCUGCUAUCUACGACAAACAUGUGAGAUAUGAUAAAUUUCCUCCAAAUUUUCAUAUGCAAUCGCCUAACACUCACGUGGCUCAACAACCAGUACAUUCUGUGAUGGUUCCAUCUUUAACAUAUAUUGGAUAUCCAACAAGGUUUCCACCAGCAAUGUAUUCUCCACCAACACCACCACCACCUCCUGGAAUUAUAGAAAAAUACAAUCAUCAACCAAAGGAAGAUUUUGCCAUGUUGUAUGUAGCACCGGAAGAAGAUGUAAAUAUACAGAACUAUAAUCACGAUAAAAUUGUCUCGUUUGUUGGAUUGGCGUGGGAUGCUGUUAUGAGAGAGACAGCAGAAACGGGCAGAAUACAAUAUUACAGUGGACAGUGAAAUGGACUCAAUUCUACAGACAAAAAUAUACUAUAUACAGUUUGAUAUGAGUGAACUAUUAUCAUCUACACAUAAUAUUAAUUUACAUUCGGAAGAAGCUAUUUAACAUACAAAAUAUCAGAUAAGAUAUUUGAAACACACAAAGGUUGAUGUUGUAAAAAUGGAUGGAUGCAAAUGUUUCGAACAUUUUAUUAAUCAAGAUAAACACAUCAACAACAACAACAACUGUUGUCUGAAGCUGGAUUUCAUUAUUAAUGUUAUACCAGAAUAGCCGAAUGGCGCAGUGUGCCUCAAGAGAUAAAAUAAUGUAAAUAGGUCAGUUACCAAAAAAGAAGAAGAAGAAAAAAAAGAAACAAGAAAAAAAAGAAAAAAAAUGGAGACUGGAAAGGGAUACAUUUUUCAUCGAUGUACAUAGGAUAAUAAUUAUGCUUAUGCAAUUUUUGCAACAACAAAAAAAAAAAAAAGAAAAAAGAAAAACCAUAGCAACAUAUGAGAUAUAAUAAAAUAUUCAUUAAUAAUACCAUCUUUAACGAGAAAGAAAAUAAUGAAUUAAUAUAAUAAGAAAUGUGUAUGUUGCUCUUCUCUCUCAUAAAAUGAAGGUAAUUAUUGCAUUAAUUAAGCCAUGUGUAAAUAUACAACCUAGGGGUUGUGCAUGUAUCAUAUGGUUUAAAGAGAAGUAUCCUUGGGGCACCAUCAUCUAAUAAACGUAUGGCUUUAAGAAUUGCAUAAGAAUAUAUAUAUUAAUGGAUUUAAGAUGAUUCGAAAAAUUAUAUAUUGCAAUUAAGCCAGUUUAUAAUAAGAUGCUUUACUGCAAGGACUAUUAAAUUGCUGAUGCCUCUUUCAAAAUUACAGAUUCGUCAUUUUAGUGCAUCAUAUUUAAUACACCUCCCCCUCCCCCCAUACCAAUUGGUGGGGUAGUUUAUUAAUAGUGUGUUGCAUUAACUAUGUAAUAUCAGAACUGUUAUUAUUGGACAAACUAUCAAUGUCUCUUUAAUAUCUUGCGAACUGGAAUGACCUGUUUGUAAUAUGGAUUUGGAGUGAUUUAAGUGAUUUUAGUGAAUUUUCAUCGAGAGCCCUAGGGAGUAAAAACAAAAAAAAACAAAAAGCAUAUUAUUAUAUACUUUAUUUGAGAGACAGCAUUAAUGAAAAGUUAAGAAAAGAAAAAACAAAAAAACUGUGUAAAGUGUAUUAGGAAAAAGUCAAAAUAAGUAAGUGCUUAAGAGACAUUAAAAAAAACACAUGUGUUGUUGUAACAUAUUAAAAAAAAAAAAAAAAAAAA